AUGAACUCUCCCAGCCUCCAAAUCCUCCUUCAGCUCUGUGCGGCUAUGGAACGAGCCAAACGGCGAGCAGCGCAGCUCUCCCAGCAAGUGGUUGCCAGCGAAGGCUACCCGGAGGGCCCUCCGUCUGCAGCAGUGCCCAACAAUUUCGACGUCCUGCCAGGCAGCGAAGAUGCCGAAAUCUCGGCUCAUCUCCGAUGGAUGUCCCAGAAGAUGGUCCUUGGCCAGGACAUGCUCCUCCUUGGGCCCCCCGGUUCGCUGCGGCGCCAGCUGGCGCUGCGCUUCUGUGAGCUCGGCGGCAAAGAGGCAGAAGUACUCACAGUCACCCGCGACACGACAGAGGCAGACCUGAAGCAGAGGAGAGAGCUGACCAGGAAUGGCGGCAGCAGCGAGACAUUCUACGCGGACAGCGCUCCGGUUCGUGCUGCACUCUGUGGGCGGAUACUAGCCGAGCGCAAUGUUCUCCCCACGCUGAACAACCUGCUGGAGAACCGAGAGAUGGGUUUAGACGACGGUCGCCUGCUGAUUCCAGCACGCAGAUACGACACCUUGUCGCAAGAGGCAUUAUCUGCCGGCGUAGGCAAGGCGCGGCUGGCUCGUGUCCACGAGGACUUUCGCGUUGUUGCGCUGGCCGUCCCCUGCCCGCCCUGGCCUGGGAAUCCGCUCGAUCCUCCUCUGAGGUCGCGAUUCCAGGCUCGCAUCGUCAUGCCGCCGACUUUGGCGUCCCUGGCGCAGGUCUCUCCCUUCAUAGGUGUCCCAACUUCCAGCACCGACUUCGAGGCGCUGCUGAGGCGCCUCUCGGCGCUGCAACGGGCUCUGGACGGCAGCACGGGAAAGCUGCCAGGUGGUUUCCGCACCCCAGCGCUGACCUACGAUGCUAUGGUGCGGUUGCUGCGGAUGGUCACCGUCUCGGGGCAGGGCGGCUCGGAGAUUCGGCCGACGCCUCCAGAGGCUUUUCGUCGCAUCUACCCUGUGGCUUCCUUGUCGCCGAGCGCGGGUGCUGGCGGUGCAGCCGUCCGCGACGCGGCAGAGCAACUGCUCAGGCAUUUCGACCUCUGGGCCGAGGAGCCGGCGCCCCUCACUGUGCUCCCUUCCAGCUCUUCUGCAGCGAGCUCUUCAAGUGGAACGCUGCAUCUGCGACUCCAGCAUAGAGAAGGCCACGAGGGAACUCUCUCCGUGCGGUCGCCGCAACUUCCUGCCCCGGCUACGCAGUACCUCGCAGCUCCGCGGCUUGCUGCAGUCGUGGCAGCCAUGGCACAGGAUUACGCCGCUGGCAGCGAUUGCCUUCUCUUGGGUCCUGCUGGGUGUGGCAAGAGUGCCAUGGCCAGGCACCUCGCCGGUCUGCUUGGCUUCGGGGCCCCGGGAGGUCGGGGCCUGGAGUUCUUCUUCCUUCACGAAGAGAUGUCAUCGCGUGACUUGCUGCAACGGCGAGCCACCAAUGACGAGGGCGACACUGUUUGGGUGGACUCGCCUUUGAUACGAGCUGCUCGCUCAGGGUCCCUUUGCAUCCUCGACGGCGCACACCGCCUCAAGGGCGAUGCGCUUUGCGCCCUGGCACCGCUGCUGCAGGACCGGCAGGCAUGUUUGGCUGUUGCCGGCGACAGCCAAGGUGCCGCCUGGGAACUGAUAUUGCGAAGCGACCGCUUCGACCACUGGCAGACGGUACAUGGUCCAGGUCAGAGCUUCGACGCUGCAGCUGGCUGCCGCGUGGCUGGCAUCCACCCGGCCUUCAAGGUCUUAGCUCUCGGGGAGCCGCCAACAUCGCAGCACCCGUGGCUGACCGAGGAGGUGGCGGCCUGCUUUGCUACCCAUAGCUACCCCGAGCAGCGCCCCGAAGAUUUGGUGCAGCUACUGGCCGAAGUGGUUCCAUCCCUGCCCACAGCCGCUGCUCAACGCUUCGUUGCGGCCGUGGCGCAGAAGGAAUCGGAGCCCCAGAAGGCCGCCCAGCCGGCUGAGGGGAGGCCUAGCGAAGAGACAUCGAAGGCUCCUUCAGAGCGCCUGGUCGUUCCCAUCCGGGUGAUCCUUCGCGUAGCACGUGCAGCUGCUGUGGCCGGAGGGGAUCACGAGGUGGAGUUGCUCCACGGCAUCCUCCAGCAGCAGCUGUUUCCCUUCAUGCCGAAAGGCGAGAGGGCGAAGCUACUGGGCCAACUGGCUGAGCACUUCGGCAUGGCGGCAGCCGAGAAGGCAGCUGCCAAUGUGCUGCGACGGGCGCCGAGGAAGAACGCAGCGGACAGGGGCAGCAGUGCGGUGCAUGUCGGAAAGGACUCUGUCCAGUUUGGGGAGUGCGUGGUACCUGUGGGGAAGCCGAUGCAUCCCGAGCUUGUUCCCAGUGUGGACUUCGUCGGCAUCGAUCGGCAUGUAGACUUGUUGGAGGAGCUUGGGAAGGCCAUUUUCCAGAGGAGGGAGCGCUUCCUCCUCCUGCUGGGGCCGCAGGGUGUGGGGAAAAACCGGGUGGUUGACUACUUCCUGCAAACCGUGGCCAUGGAGCGCGAGUACAUGCAGCUGCAUCGGGACACCACUGUGUCGCAGCUGACGGUCACGCCUGUCGUGUCGGAUGGGCGCCUCUACCAUGAGGACUCUCCGCUCGUCCGGGCAGCGCAGUUUGGCCGUGCACUGGUUUUAGACGAGGCAGACAAGGCGCCCCUCGAGGUCGUGGUGAUCCUGAAGUCGCUGAUUGAGGAUGGGCAGCUUGCACUCCCGGACGGACGCAGGCUUGCUGCAGCUACGGAGGCGACAGCUGGCGAGGGCAGUGCGACGACGCUGCAGGUUCACCCGGAAUUCCGCAUGUUCGUCCUGGCCAAUCGUCCCGGCUUCCCCUUCCUCGGCAACGACUUGCUUCGCGAGGCGGAUGUGUUUUCGGUCUUCUGCCUUGACAACCCAGAUGCCACGUCCGAGCUGCAGCUUGCCAGGGCAGUAGGCCCCAACGUGCCCGACGGCCUCCUGCGCACGCUGGUCGCCCUUUUUGCUGAUCUGCGCUUGGCUUUGGAGGACGGCCGCUUGCAGUACCCCUACAGUGCUCGCGAGCUGCUAGCAGUGAUCCGGCACCUCGAGCGCUUUCACAACGAGCCGCUGGAGGAGGCCCUGAGCUCUGUCUUGGCCUUCGACCGCUUCGAUGCUUCGCUUCGGGAGGCUCUGCGGCCCAUUCUCGAGCGCCGCGGUGUUUCGAGCCUGGCGGUGCUAGGCCCUGCAAGCGGUGACGGCGGUCCAGCUCCAACGCCCGCACAGCCUUGGCUUCGUGCCCUCGAGGUGCUCCGCUCUGCACGCCUUGCGCGCUCACAGCGGCUGUCAAAGGAGCCUGCUGGCACCUGGCAGGUCAAGGAGCUCUUGGACUAUGCGAAGGAGCUGCAGAGCCCCGAGCCGACGAGGGACUACUACGAGGUGAAGCUUCGCCCGGCCAUCCUGGACCCGGCGAAGGCAGUGCCCCUGGCAGAACUGGCCUUCGACCGCAGCGGUGGCUCCUUCGACGAGGGGCUUUGUCGCGCGCGGCUCCCCCUAGGCCGCCACUCUGGGGGUGUGGUGGAUGCAGUCGCUGAUGGAUCCACAUUGCAUCUUCUUUCCACAGGCCCGUUGUGCAUUUGGUCAGUCGAGGAUCCCCAUGCCCUGGGCGCCGACGCGGGUCGGUGCUCACUUCUCCAGGUGGGUCCCAGCGCGGAUUGGUCCUUGGCCAUGGCAGUGCGUGAGACGAUGCUGAGCAAGGCGCGCCCUCCGCCAGCCUUGGAUCUUCGAUCGUGUUUGUCGAGUUAUUCAGCCUUGCUCUUCGGCGGGAGUUCAGACGGGGGAGUUCAGACGGAAUAUCAUGCUCAGAGCACUGAUUUGUUAACGCAGCUGGAUCUUGAAUCAGAUGUUGAUUGCGUGCAUCGUCUCUGGCUGAAGCUGCACAGCACCAAGCGUUGCGACUGUUUCGGGGUGGCCCAGAUAAUUCACAGCGCCCUUUCCAUGGAUUCUCGCCUGGGACGUUGCAGCUCCAGGGAUGUUGUGGAGCGCAACAAGGCCAUAUCGACAUGCAGGAAGCAGUCCCUUUGGCAGGACGCCUUGAUUCUUCUCCAUGGCUUUCAAGAUGUGACCCUUGAGCCCACUGUUGUUUCUUACAACACGGCUAUGACUGCCUGUGGUAAAGCAUCUCGCUGGCUUGAGGUGCUGGAACUCUUGGAGAUGUGCGGGGAACAAAGGAUACCAGCAGAUGUCAUUACCUGCAGUGCUGCCAUCAGUGCAUGUGAGAGGGCAGAGAAGUGGCAGGUGGGUCUCUUCCUGCUGCAGAACCUGGAGAGCUGGGGAGUAAGAGCAGAUGUGAUCAUCAUGAACUCGGCGAUAAGUGCCUGUGAGAAAGCAGGCCACUGGCAUCAGGCACUAGAGCUACUCUCCAGUUUUGGCAAGCACAGUGGGCUUCAGCCCGAUGUAAUCUCCUACAAUGCCACCAUCACUGCCUGUGAGAAGUGUGACCAAUGGCAGCUUGCCAUGCAUUUAUUCGGCGAAGUUAGAGACAGGGAGCUGCAGCCCAGCAUCAUCACCUACAAUGCCGUGCUGAGCGCCUGCGACAGGGCAGCUCGGUGGGAACAGUCUCUUGCUUUGCUGUGUCAGCUCGAGGAAGAGCGGCUUCGAUCUGAUGUGAUUACAUACAACGCUGCCAUGGGUGCUUUGGCCAGUGGCGAGAUGUGGCAGCAUUCGCUGCAGCUGAUGGAGACAAUCGAGUCGAAAAAGUUGCAGGCAGACAUUGUCACAUACAGUUCUGCAGUGACGGCAUCCGAAAGGGCCUCUGCGUGGCAGCAAAGCUUGCUAGUGCUUUGUGAAGCUUGCAAGCGUGGUUUGAAACUGGAUGUCGUCAUUUUCAAUGCCGCAAUCAGCGCAUGUGCGCGGGCUGCUGAGUGGCAGCAGGCUGCAGGGCUGCUGCAUGCCAUCCAAGACAGAUCGCUUCGGCCGACCGCAUUCACCUGCAGCUCUCUCGUGAGUUCCUUCGACAACGCAGCAGACUGGAAGGGUGCACUUGAGGUGUUGCAAGCGGUUGCUUCAUGGGCUGUGAGCCCCGACGUAGUCGCGCACAAUGCCGCCAUCAGCGCAUGCGAGCAAUGUGGCAAGUGGCAGCAGGCAGUAUUUCUGCUGGAGACCCUUCCAUUGCAGAUGCUACAGCCGAGCAUCAUCACGUACACUGCGACCAUCAGCGCCUGCGAGGCGGCCUCCGCCUGGCAGCAUGCCUUGGAACUCCUACAGGAAGCCCAUGGAAAGUGCCAGGUGAACUUGAUCGGCUACAAUGCGGCCAUCGGAGCCUGCGCGCGGGCGGCCCGCUGGGUCGAAGCGCUGCAGCUCUGGAGGGAGGUGGAGGCCAAGGGGCUCGAGCCCACGAUUGCCACUUGCCAGGCCACGAUAGCGUCUUGCGAACAAGCCGCUCGACACUUCGAUGCUCUGCCGCUGCUGCGGAGAGUCGCGCAGGGCUACCGGGGUAUCGUCGUGAAUGGCCGCCCCCUGGCCCUGGGUUGCCCACAGCUCGGCCGAGUUCCCGGGGCAGAUGCGCUGCUGUUGCACUCGCCGCUGGAUGCCUUGGCCCCACAGCUGCUCAUUGAACGACCCUCGGAACCGGUCAUGCGUGCCUAUGCCUUGCAUGCCCAGCCCCUGCAGCACGAUGCGGCAGCCACCGCACGCAUCCGGCCGACAGCCGAAGACUGCUUUGUGAUGGUGGCGCCGAACUGGGAUGAUCAGCAGGCCGGACGGACCGUGGUUGACGGCCCUGUCCUUGACCUCGACGAGGUGCAAGCUGCAGUCGGGGCGAAGCCGUCUGCAUGGCGCCAAAGUACUGCCACUCCGAUCUUCGCCCCAACGAAUGUUAUGAUUUUCUUCCAGCCAAAGCGCUGGCGUGUAGUCCAAAUGGACCUUGUGCGAGAGCGCACUCGCGAGGUCUGGUUGGAGCGGGCCCUGCCUGAAAGUUUAAAGAGCAGAUGGAUGAACAGCCCUGGACCCGCCGCCUGGUUUAUUUCGGAUUCUCUUGCGCGGUUUCGUUUCAGCUUUGGGGGUUGCGGCUCUCAGCUCGCAUCUCCGUGGAUGCGUUCCCUCCUCUGUCCCUGGCCUUCCAUAAGCAUUUUCUUCUGUGAGGAUAGGGAGGCUUCUCAGAAGGGUACUUCUCAGUGUGUUUAA